CAAAACCAGGAAACUACUUUUCAAGCGAGCAUCUCUCUCUGUCUGUAUGUAUAUUAGUGAAAUAUGGCAGAAGCUCAUGUUUUUAAGGACAAGUUCAGCUGUUCAGUGUGUUUGGAUCUCCUGAAGGAUCCAGUGACCAUUCCCUGUGGACACAGUUACUGUAUGAGCUGUAUUACUAACUGCUGGGAUCAGAAUGAGAUGAGAAUCUACAGCUGCCCUCAAUGCAGACAAACCUUCACACCAAGACCUGUUUUAUUUAAAAAUGUGAUGUUUGCUGAAAUGGUGGAGGAACUGAAGAAGACAAAACUUCAGACUGCUGUUCCUGCUGACUCUUAUGCUGAAGCUGGAGAUGUGGAGUGUGACGCCUGUACUGAGAGAAAAUACAAAGCUGUCAAGUCCUGUCUGGAGUGUCUGAAGUCUUACUGUCAAAAUCAUCUUAAACAACAUGAACAUUUCUUCAAUGACAGGAGGCAUCACUUGAUGAAUCCCACCAGACAACUUCAUGAGAUGAUCUGCUCAAAACAUAAUAAACAACUAGAAAUCUACUGUCGCACAGACCAGCACUGCAUUUGUUAUCUGUGUACGAUGGACGAACAUAAAAACCAUGAUACUGUGACAGCUGAAGCAGAAAGAACUGAGAAACAGAGAGUUUUGGGAGAGAGACAGAUAAAAUUACAUCAGAUAAUUGAGGAGAGAGAGAAGGAGCUUCAGGAGCUGAGAGAGGCUGUGGACUCUCAUGCGCGCUCUGCACAGACAGCAGUGGAGGACAGUGAGAGGAUCUUUACUGAACUGAUCCGAUCCAUUGAGAGAAGACGAUCUGAGGUGACACAACUGAUCAGAGAUCAGGAAAAGACUGCAGUGAGUCGAGCUGAAGGAGUCAUGAAGCGUCUGGAGGAGGAGAUUGAUGAUCUGAAGAGGAGAGACGCUGAACUGAAGCAGUUUUCACAUACAGACAAUCACAUCCAUUUUCUACAGGGUUUUCAGUCUCUGUCUGCAGCUCUUGAGUCUUCAGUCUCACACAGAUUUACUCUCAGCUCUCUUCUCUCUUUUGAUGAUGUGAGAAAAUCUCUCUCUCAACUGAAAGACAAACUGGAGGAUUUCUGUAGAGAGGAGAUAGAGAAGAUAUCUGGUGAAGUUACAUAUAUCUCAGUUAUUUCUGAUGAAUUGAAGACCAGAGAGGAUUUCUUACAAUAUUUCAAGCAGUUCACACUGGAUUCAAACACAGUGAAUAAAUUCAUUCAGCUGUCUGAUGGGAACAGAACGGCUACUAACACUAACACAGUCCAUCAGUAUCCUGAUCAUCCAGACAGAUUUGAUCAGCUGUGUCAGGUGUUGUGUAGAGAGAGUUUGUGUGGACGCUGUUACUGGGAGGUUGAGUGGAGUGAUAAGGUGUUUAUAUCAGUGUCAUAUAAGAGCAUCAGCAGGAAGGGAGAGGGUCAUGAGUGUUUGUUUGGAUUUAAUGAUCAGUCCUGGAGUUUGUACUGCAGAGACUCCAGCUGCUCAUUCAUUCACAAUAACAAACACACUGAACUCCCUGUAGUGUUGAGCUCCUGUAGAAUAGGAGUGUAUGUGGAUCACAGUAAAGGAUCUCUGUCCUUCUACAGCGUCUCUGAUACAAUGAACCUCAUACACAGAGUCAACACCACAUUCACUCAACCACUUUAUCCUGGGUUUAACAUCUUUUCAGGUUCAGUUAAGUUAUGUAAUCCAGCAGUGUAGAUGAAGAUGAAGAUUCUCAGUAAUGCUGUAAACUUUGACUAAAGAAAAGAAAGAGAAACAAUUCCCUGCCAGUGACGCUUUCCUGAAGAGUAAAUCUAUUAUCCAAUAGAUUUCACUCUUAGCCAAAUUGUUUUGAUAAUCCGUGUAUGUUUUGAUCACCGUUCUGAAUCUGAUCUCUAACAAAAUUCCUUUACAAAAAUGCAAUUAUUUCAGCUUUUUGUCCAAAAUCUUGUAUUUUUGAAGAGACCUACCCAUAUUAAAGAGGUUAUAAA